AUUUCUUGCAUAUUCCACAUUCUGCUUGAGACAUUGACUGCAGCUUAAGGAAGAUCUUGCUCCAAAGCCGGACUAGCAUGUGUAAAAUUUACCACGGGGGUGUCAGGAAUUUCAAUCUUUGCUUCCAAAACAGACUGGCAGCCUGGGGGCCAAAGUGGGGAGUGAGCAGGAUCCCACACAGUUGUUUUUUUUUUUUUUUGGGUUCAACACUGCACUGGCACUAUUGCCCUCAUCAUUCUGAGUACUCCAUCUAAUCAUUGGGUUUUUACAUCUCUCUUUAGUGUGACAUCAUCUGGUAUGUAAAGCUCCACUUUCUCUCUAGGUUGAAGCCUUGGACAAGGAUGCCAACAGCCCAUAAGCAAACGUUGCUUAAUUUUGGAGAAUUCUUGUGUGCCAUUGCUGAUAUUGGGAAUGCCUGAGAACAAGUGAUCAAGUGCAGCUCCCAAGGCAGGGACAGAGCGCAGGAUUAUGUUGGCUGCAAUGAUAACAGCAGUACUGAUCUAUUUUAUGGUGCUAAGCUCUGGAACCUUGGCCCUCGGUACAGCAUGUUGGGAUGAACGCCUAUCACGAGCAGGGAGAAACAGCAGCUGUGUGGCUUCACAGCCCUUCCUGAUAUUCGGCCAUGGUAAAGCCAUUCAUCGGAUGGACCUUGAUGGGAAGAACCAGAGACGGCUUGUGGCUGGGGUGGGAAGCUCGAUCCUGCUUGACUUUCAUUUCAGAGAGGAGAGAGUUUACUGGGCUGACAAACACACUGGGGUCAUCUACAAAGCAUCAGUGAGAAGAGCACACAGACAGAAACUAUACUCAUCUGACAAACAUAUCUCGGGCAUUGCAGUGGACUGGAUUUGGAACGGUGUAUACUGGACAAGUGGAGAAAAGGGAAAAAUCAAGAGAAUGGAUAUAAAUGGGAAAAAUGCAAGGACUCUUUUAAGACACUUGACCCAACCAAGUUCUAUAACUGUUGACCCCACAAACAGGUUUCUUUUUUGGCUGUCUGGUGGGAUGACUCCAAGUAUCCAGCGGUCUCUUGUGACAGGACAGGAGAAAACUACACUUAUUAAGAUGGCAGAACAACUGAACGCACUGUCGAUUGACCGAGAGGACAAAAGACUGUUCUGGGUUCAGUUUGGUCUGCAAGGAGAAAGUGCCAUUGCCUCUUGUGAUUACAAUGGGAAUGUUCUGCACAUCAUGGAUCAGCCACUUCGGUCUCACUCACUGGGGAUAUCAGUUUUUCUGGAGAACUUAUACUACACCGAUGCCGCAUCUCGGGUUAUAAAACAAGUAAACAAGUACACUGGUGGAGAGCCACUAAAUGUUAACAUAAAACGAAUGGCAAAACCCCCAGUUGAUAUUAAGGUGAUACAUCCCCUCAACCAGCCAAUGGCAGACUCCCAAUCAUCAUUUCCAGGUUGUGACGAACAGAGUGGAAAUUGUGUGAAUGUGUGUUCCAGUCUAGCCAAGCAAGGGACUUGCCAGUGCAGUGAAGGCUUUGCUCUCAGUAAGGAAGGCACUUAUUGUGAAGAUGUGAAUGAAUGUGCCUUAUGGAACCAUGGCUGCUCUCUUGGUUGCGAAAACAUCCCGGGCUCCUACUUCUGUACCUGCCCUAAAGGAUAUGCCCUCCUACCGGACAGGAAGACAUGUCAAGAGAUCACACUAUGUGAAGGCAAUAUCACCAAGUGCGGCCAUGGAUGCCUGACAACAGACAAGGGUGCUGUCUGUGUGUGUCCUGCGGGAUCUUUACUACAGGAGGAUGGACAAGCCUGUACUGGCUGCUCAUCUGCAGACAGAGGGGGUUGCAGUCAGCUCUGUACUCCUGUCACCCCUAGUAGAUGGCAGUGUGGUUGUCUGCCUGGCUACCAGCUCCACCAAGAUGGCAAGCGCUGCAUUGCCCCUGGACCACCACCCUAUCUACUAGUUGCCAAUCUAGUGGAUGUACGACAAAUAAAUCCUGAUGGCACUGGGGAUAAAACCCUUGUGGAGGAGCCCAAAGGAACAAUCAUAGCUUUGGACUACGACCCUGUCCAGAACAAAAUGUACUUUGCUAGUACAAGCCAGAAGACAAUUGAGCGUGUUGAUUUAAACGGUGGGUCGAGAGACGUUCUCGUCUCUGACGGUUUGGACUCUCCAGAAGGACUGGCGAUUGACUGGGUCCACCGCAGGAUGUACUGGACAGAUACACGCCAGUCAACUGUUGACUGCAGUACCUUGGUUGGACUGAACAGACAAACCAUUGUAAGCAAAGGGCUGGAAAAACCAAGAGGAAUCGCAGUUCAUCCUUUGGCAAAGAAGUUGUUCUGGACUGAUAUAGGGGCCCAGCCUCUCGUGGAAAGUGCUUCUUUGGAAGGGAAAGACCGUGCUGUCAUUGCUAGCACCAACCUUGUGUCACCAAGUGGCCUGACAAUCGAUUUCACAGAGGAUCGUCUGUUCUGGUGCGACGAGAGGAGGGGCCUGGUGGAGACUGCUGCCCUGGAUGGCUCAGAUCGACAGGUCCUGUUAGAGAACCAAGUAGGUCAACCUUUUGACCUUGCCGUAUUUGAGGACAGGUUGUGGAUAUCUGAUCGGGAGCACCAGCAGCUGACGAGUAUACACAAGCGGACUGGGAAAAAGCUGCAACGUAUCCAUGACAACAUGGUCCAACCAGCAUCCAUUGUGGUGGUUCAUUCCCUUGCUAAACCAGGGGCAGACUUUUGCCUUCACCUGAACGGAGGUUGUACCCAGGUGUGUGAAAGCAAACUGGGAUUCGCCAAAUGCUCCUGUCUGUCACGCUACAUCCUAUCAGCUGAUGGAAAAAGUUGCUUGCCUGCCGAUGUUUUGAAUCGAACAGAAUCCGGAGACAGUGAAUCCACUGAUUUAACGUCUUUCAACAACAAAACAUUCAACGAUGAGAGCACACCCCUGACAACACCUGGGCUGUCAAGUGAUAAAGCAGAGGCUAAAUUAGACUCUGAUGUUGGCAGUAAGCCAACUCUCUUCACAGACAAGAUGGUUUCAGACCAGAAUGAGUGUUACUCACUUCACUGUGAUGUGAAUGCACAGUGCCUGCUGAAUGCUGGCAGCCCAACCUGUCUAUGUCUAGAAGGUUUUACAGGUGAUGGACAGUUGUGUGUGGAUAUUGAUGAGUGUAAACAGGGAACACACAAAUGUGACAAAAAUGCAGAAUGCCAAAAUUCCUUGGGAAAGUAUCUCUGCAAGUGCCAGGCUGGAUACCACGGCAAUGGGAAGACAUGUCAAGAGUUGGAGACCACAUCGCCAUGGGUGACGACCGGUAGCCCUGCUGAUGUUACCACACGGCACCACAACAGUAACUCAGUAGAAAGUUGCCCCUCCACCCAUGAGUCCUACUGUCUGUACCAGGGUGUCUGCUUCUACAUUCCUGAAAUGGAGUCCUAUGCUUGCAAUUGUGUAUUGGGCUACAUGGGGGAGCGAUGUCAGUUCAGUGACCUGGAGUGGUGGGAUCUUCAGCAGGCUGAGGAAGAGAAGAGAAGAAACGUGGUCAUUGCGAGCUGCAUGGUGGUCCUCGUUUCCCUGCUCUCCAUCGCUGCCUGUGUCACCUACUGCUACGGAACUAGGAAAUUCUUCCACAAACAGCCCUCAGUGGACAAUGUGAGUGAGACCAGCGUGACAGAUGAGACCAUGUCAGAGACCACUACUACCAGUGUGCCUCGGUUCUUCAUGGUGGUAGAAGAGGGUGUGGAAGGAAUGGUCAUCCCUGCCAUGGGCUAUCCCAGGAGAGCUGUCUGUCCAUCCUGCUCUUCAGAAACAGGUGACAAUGCCGUGUCUGAAGAGUCGGGAACAUUGUCCAAACACAACCAAGGGUUUGGGUGUUCCAUGGUGUCGGCUGUUGCCAUGGAGGCAACCCAACCCACUGUCCGACACUCAAGUCUGUCAUUGUCAAGCUCAUAUACUUUUACGUCUUUCAAGCCACCACUGCUCUCCCAGACUCCCAGCCCAGAGUCCCCUGCUUCCUAGUUUACCAGAGAGAGCAACACAGUUGUACAGUUAAACGCACACAUACUGUUAACAUCUGGCUGAUGUACAAACUGCAAAUUAAGAGUUUCAUUACAAAAUGAAAUACCUCAAAAAUGAAAGAAAUGUCACUGAAGCUGUAACCUACCUAAAAAGGUAUUUGUUUGCAUUUUUGUAUAAACAAAAAUCUGGUUUGCUACUCUGCAGAUUUCUAUUACAGACACAGUUUAUUCAUGCCAAGUCAGUUAAUUAAAUCUAUUGUAAACACAAGUAUCUGGUAGCCUGACCCAGAAAAAAAAAAAAAAAAGAGAAAAAGAUUCAUAUUACAAGAUGUAGUGACAAUUUUUUUUCUAAACACAAAAAAAACACUAGCUAGUUACAUCAUUCUCUCAGUGUCAUUAUCACAGAACUGAAGAGAAAAAAGGAACAAGUGUACACAAGUUUAAACUGCACCAAAAGUAAUGCAAGGAAAAAGGAAACUAUAGUUAACACUAGACAACAGAACUGGAAAAUCAUCCUGCUUCCCUGCCAAAUUUUCCCUUCCCCGUGAGAGAAACUAGUUUGUAGGCUAUGCUACACGCUUCAAAUCACAUAUACAAACUGAGUAACAAGCGAACAAAACAAUAAAAUCUGGUCACAAUUUUGAAAAGAAAUUAGAACGAGUACUGCUUGUCAAGAUGUCAUGGGCCAUUUAAGAAAAACAGCUUGAUUUCUGAUUGUCCAGCAUAAAUACUAGUCUAGCAUAGAGCAUAAAUACUAGUCUAGCAUAUAUACUUUAUUACCUUAAUUCAUAUUGUAUUUUCAAGCCAAAUCACUUUUGUUUAUAUAGCUCACAAUGACAUACCUGAUGUAUUUUGCAUGUUUCAGAAUUAGUCACCGCAAGAACUUGCUUUGCGCAGGAUGGGGUUGCCAACUAAAGAAGUUCGGCAUGGUGUUUUGGAAUAUUUAUAUGCAUUUCACCUACCAAUGAAUAACUGACAUUGGCCACCAUCCCUGAAAGGAUUUCACUCCUCACAUCAAAAAGGUGUGAAUGUGGUUUGUGCAGCCUUUUCAAUAAAGCAAACAGUUUCUUGCAUGAACACUGGUAUGUCCACAUGUUUCAUCUGCUGAAUAAACUCUGAGCUACCACUAGAUUUUUUUAUUAAAUUAUCUGAACACCCUUGUCAAAUUGUCAGAUUAAGAUGGUGCAGGAGAGCAUAAGAUGAAGAAUAACAGCUUGCUUAUGUUAUAAAGGGAUGCAUUUUGUUUUGUUGUGUAGAAAUCACCUUCACGUUUUCCCUUUUUGUUCCAUAUUUCAUGGAAUAGUUGUAUGCGAGAGGUUUUCCUUUAAGGAUAUUCUAUUUAAACUCCAAGAGGGGCUUUGUUGGGUGCAGUGUAACAUUAGACUCAACUAAUAUUCAACACUACUGUCAAAUUCAGUGCCAUGCUGAGUGAAACAAUUUGUUGCUAAUCUUCAGCUCCAAUUAAUAAAAUGUGAUGUAAACCAUAUAAACACUGAAAAUGUACCAUAUGCACCUGACUGAUAAUAUUUAGCAGAGGAUGACAGCUAGCACGUCAGUGCAUUAACUUAACUCUAAAACGCAACAAACCUGGCAACUGUGAUAUUGUUAGCAAAUUGUAUAUCUAUUUUUAUACAAAGACCUAGAUAUGUUUCCUUGUGCUACAGCUCUACUUAGAACUAUGCUUUUAGAAAUAAGAUAAGGGUAAACCGAACUGGAUUGCUGAGUGAUAGGUGAUUGAUUUAAUUGGACUGUUUGGUUCGGAAAGGGAAGGUAUCUUGCUAUUGAUUUUUAUUUAAUUUCUUUGCAGAACGAGUUUUUAUAUCUAAAACAAGCAAAAGGCCUAAUAUUUAUUUUGAGAAGCAACAGCCAGCAUUUUUGUGCACACUGUAUUCAGCUCUGAUUAUUAUUUUCAGCACCUAUGUACUAUAACUGGAAUUAAACAAUUGCAAGAUGAAGCUUGUUUUUAUUUCAAUCAAUAAAAUUAUAUUCACAA